AUGGAUAACUUCUCUGAAAGUUGGUUGGAUAAUUGCUUGUCUAAUGAUUCAUUUGGAGGACCAUUCACAGAAUCCUGUAAAACCAUUGAAGGUAAUAUAGCCAUUCAUGGCAAUGAUGUUGUCCCUCUGAGGGCAUAUAUUGAGUCUAGUUCAUCUUCGACGACAUAUAUUUCGGAGAAUUGUAUUUCAAACAGUGUUUCGCUCGGAGAGAAUUUCCAAAGUCAUCUCUACGAUGACGACGACGAGUGGGCCAACACUCUAGGGACGUGUUUGACUCGCGCACUCGACGGGGAUUGUAGUGAGCAUCCGAACUGCCUACAGGAGGCGACAGAAAUUUACAGUUUGGAGGGCCAAUUUAAAAGCUAUUUGGAUAGAAACUUUGGAAACUAUACCCCUAUUGCUAACAGUACCCCCUUCUCAGGGCCUAAAGAGGGUGGAUUGUUAGGAAAUAUGAACAGUACAAGUGAGUCUAUAAUGUGGAAUGAGCUCUGUCAGUGUACGACGGGAACGUGUUUAAGUUCCCCCGAAAGUAAGGUGAAUUGUAAUUUACACAACAAACACGUGAUAUCCAAUUCUAACGUAUCAACUGACUGUGGCAUGUGUGAGUACAUGCCCUCCUCAAACACAACGCCCUCGUCUUCAAGUCAAGUCUCGGAUAAGCAUAAAAACAAUAUCAAUGCAGAUAAUUCAAUGUUAUCAGGGCUAAACUCGCCCAGGGAUCCAAUACUAUGUUCCAUUUCAACAAAAAACAAAGAUUCAAUAAACGAUGGGCUCAGCAGCCUUACUUCCUCUUUCGUCAAUGUAAAUAAUAAUCCAGAUUCACAAAGAUUUUCAUUCGGAGAAGACAUGCUAGAAACACAUCUGGCAGGGUCACUGUUGGACGAAUUGUACCCAAGUGAUGAUAUUCCGAGGUCCUUUUCAGGACUGAGUGAAGAAACGUUCAGAGAGCAGCCUUAUGACGCAAUAACUUUUUUUAACAAGGACCUGCUCUACGAAGAAAAUGAAGCAUUAAACAAGGGGAUGUCUAACAACGACAUGGAGCUUGUGUUCAAUAACAUGGACACAAUGUCGAGGGUCGACAACGUGCUCAACAAGAACGUGUCGGACUUUACCCUGCAGAAUAAGGACUACGGAAUAGACCUCAUAUCAGAUAAUUCGGAUCCGCUAUCUCCAGAUCUCUUAAACAACGACGCGCUAUUCGCAGGAAUUUACAGAGACAACGACACGGACGAAUCUGAGGCAUGGGACAACAUAAUGAAGAAAAUGUGCAUUACACCUAGCUUGAGCUACACAUGCCCAAAACUGCUCAGAGACGAAAACGACGAGACAUCAAAGUCCACAAACGACCUUGCGAACCAGGAGAAGGACGUCCCGAGUGGGCCCGAAGUUGGAGUCACGUUCACGAAAAUGGAAAAUAUCCCGAGCACUAUGCCAGAUGAUCCGAACCUGGGAUUCAAGAAGACAUCGCUGUGCAAGUACUGGCAGAGAGGGAUAUGCGCAAACGACGACUGCAACUUCGCACACGGCAAGAAGGAGCUGCGCUCCACAAUCGGAGUCUGGAGAACCACGAUCUGCCACCACUGGAAGACGGGGGUCUGCAGAGUCGGCAACGACUGCAGGCACGCCCACGGCGAGGAGGAGCUCCAGCCGAAGAACAUCCCCGCGAAUGUACUCAAAAACAAGCUGUUGAACUCCGCGAGGAAGUACGAAUUCAUGAGGAAGAAGAGGAACAUAUUUUAA